ACUACAUUUUCCUCUCCAACAAAUUUUGAGAGCCUAUACUUCUUGAAAAAAACACAAUUUCCACUCUGAUCCUAUGGAUAAUUUACCAAAAUGUGGAGCAAAUUAUGUUUCUCUUACUCCUCUUACCUUCUUACCAAGAGCUUCAAAAUGUUAUGCCAAUAGGACAGCCAUCAUCUAUGGUGGUGUCCGUUUCACGUGGAGACAAACCUACGAGCGUUGUUGUCGCAUUGCCUCCUCUCUCCGAUCCCUAAACAUCAUAAAGAACGAUGUGGUUUCAGUGUUGGCUCCAAAUGUUCCGGCAAUGUACGAAAUGCAUUUUGCUGUGCCAAUGGCAGGGGCUGUUUUGAACACAAUAAAUACAAGGCUAGAUGCUAAGAACAUUGCAGUCAUUCUCAAACACUCCGAAGCCAAAGUAUUUUUUGUUGACUAUGAGUACCUAGAAAUUGCUAAAAAGGCACUCGAACUACUAAUGAUGUCCGAUUUCGACAAGUCCAAAACUUUCAACAGGCCAAUAAUGCCCCUCAUCGUUGUCAUCGAUGACAUUGACUCCCCUACCGGAAUCCGGCUAGGCGAUCUCGAGUACGAGCAACUUGUACACCAAGGAAAUCCGAGUUACGUCCCCGAAGAAAUUACCGACGAGUGGGAUCCAAUUACCUUGAAUUAUACAUCAGGUACGACAUCAGCGCCUAAGGGAGUUGUGUAUAGUCAUAGAGGAGCAUUUUUGAGCACUUUGAGCCUAAUAUUAGGCUGGGAAAUGGGUACUGAGCCGGUUUACUUAUGGUCCUUGCCAAUGUUUCAUUGCAACGGGUGGACUUUCACAUGGGGCAUAGCAGCAAGAGGUGGGACCAACAUUUGCAUGCGUAACACUACUGCCCAAGAAAUGUACACAAACAUAGUGUCACAUAAUGUUACACACAUGUGUUGUGCACCUAUUGUCUUCAACAUCCUUCUAGAAGCCAAGCCGCACGAGUACAGACCUAUAACCACACGAGUCCAAAUUUUGACAGGUGGUGCACCGCCAGCCGCACUGCUCUUAGAGAAAAUCGAGAGGCUCGGGUUCCACGUGGUCCAUGCUUACGGGCUCACGGAAGCCACUGGACCAGCCCUCGUGUGCGAGUGGCAAGAAAAAUGGAACAAAUUGCCCACUCAAAAUCAAGCCAAGUUGAAAGCAAGACAAGGGGUUGGGAUACUAACCCUAGCCGAUGUUGAUGUGAAAAAUGUCAAGAAUAUGCAGAGCGUGCCACGCGAUGGAAAGUCAAUUGGAGAAGUGUGCUUGCGCGGGAGCAGUAUUAUGAAAGGGUAUUUUAAAAACGAGAAGGCAAAUUCAGAGGUUUUUAAAGAAGGUUGGUUUUUUACCGGCGACGUUGGAGUGAUUCAUCAAGAUGGGUAUUUGGAAAUUAAAGAUAGAAGCAAAGAUGUGAUAAUUUCUGGUGGAGAAAAUAUUAGUAGUAUUGAAGUUGAAAAUGUUAUAAUGAGGCAUAAAAAUAUAGUAGAGGCAUCUGUUGUGGCCAUGCCACAUCCAAGAUGGGGUGAAAGUCCAUGUGCAUUUGUGAUUUUGACCAAAAAUUCAUCACAGGUUAAAGAAGUGGACAUUAUUGCACAUUGUAGAUCAAAUUUGCCAGGAUUUAUGGUGCCAAAAAAGGUGAAAAUUGUUGAAGAAUUGCCCAAGACUGGAACAGGGAAAGUACAAAAACAUCAUUUGAGAGCAAUUGCUAAAACUUUUGUAGUUUUGGAAAAGUCAGAUCAAACAAGCAAAAAGACAAGUCAAGUCAAUAGGGAAAAGCCAAGCUAUUAUGAUCAAGCUCAGGAGCAAGUUCUUGCUUUGUCUCGUUUAUAGAGAAUAAAUGUAAUAUGAUAUUUUAUUAAGUCACGUGUAUGGACAGUGUCUGAGCAUUAUUACUUUUUUGGCUGCUGUGGAGUUUUUAGUUUACCAUAGAGGAGUUAAUCAUGUAACUUCUGGUGACAUCUUUAAUUGGAGUUAUCAAUAACGAUUGUUUUGCUUACGUU